AACCGAUACGGCUGAAUAAUGACUACACUGACUUCAAGUACGUAUGAGAAUUCAGUGUACCGAUGAAACUUCUAUUUCAGGUCAGUUAAAUGCAUGUUAUUUGUCACUGUGUCUAGUCAGGAUCGAAAGGCAAGUGUGUAACAGAAAGAUGGAUGAAAGAGAGGAAGAAAUGAUAGGAAAUUUUUGUGACUUGUUGGGUGAGCCUAACCUCAGCAGUGAAAUUGUACUCAAAGAGGUAGAAACGAAACGUUCAGCCAAACCGCCGUGCAGAAUAGAAAUUGAACUAAAAGAUGAGCAGCCUUGCCUAGAGAGGACGCUGGCACUAGUAAAGCCAGAGGCAGUGAAGCACAUACAGACGAUUAAGAAACUGAUUUUAGAAGCUGGAUUCCACAUAAUGCAGGAAAGGAAAGUGCAUCUCACUCCAGAGCAAGUGAGUGAACUGUAUUUUCAACAUUAUGGGAACCUGUACUUCCCACUAUUAGUAGCACACAUGUCCAGUGGCCCAGUCAUUGCUCUUUGCUUAACAAAAACAAAUGCUAUAGAAGACUGGAAGCUUCUUAUGGGUCCAAAGUGUGUUAAAGUUGCGAGAGUGGAGUACCCUAAAACACUUCGAGCAAAAUUUGGAGAUCCAGAUGAUGAAAUCAGAAAUGCACUUCAUGGAAGUGACUCUGAGGAAAUGGCUGAGAAAGAGCUACACUUCUUUUUUCCUGAAUUGUUGUUGGAAUCUACACUGAAAGGACACCAUCCAACAUUCUACUUGGCAGAAAAAGUAAACCCUACUUUGGUUGAAGGAUUGACUGCUGUUUGCAAAGUGAAACCUGUAGAUCCUGUGAUAUGGCUUGCAGAUUGGCUGCUCACACAUAAUCCCAACAGACCCAAAACAAAUGAAAUCUUGUCUAACUUACCAACCUAAACCACAAUGUAAUUUAAUAAAUACCUUCUUGCAAUCUAAAACAA